CUCUAUUCAACACAAUUCAAGUACUGCUUCUCUCUUUUUCCCAUCUCAUCCUUUCUCUCUAUCCGUCUGAAAUCUGGAUCUCAAAAUAUGAACGCUAUUUCUAACUCUUCUACUGAUGUUGUUGAAGACGGCGCUCACGGAAGCGAUUCCGACACGAAUCCCGACGAGGUCCCGGAAUACUAUCAGCCUAUCUCCGCCGUCGACGACGACGACGAAGUCAGCUCAGACGAAGAUCACGCCUCUGGUUUACACCAACGCCUCACUAACGGUGGGUACCACACGCAAUCCGUGGAAGCAGAGAACGGGAUAGCGUCUCUUGAAAUAAACGACGACCUUGAGGAGGAGGAGGAGGAGGAGAAGAGCAGCGAAGACGAGGAGGAAGAGAGGAUGAGGUUGGGUUCGGGUUCGGAUUCGGAUUCGGCAGUUGUGAGGGCUUUCAGAGAAGACGAGAGUCGAAGGAACGCUCCGCUAACGCCGGAGAAUGCGACGCGAGUGAUGGAGGCCAUGCGUGGGGUUUCGUUCGGUGGAGUGGCUCCUGAUUGGGUGGGCCGCGUCCCCGAGGCACAAUGGAUCGAUCGCCUUCGGAGACUCAGAUAACCACCGCAUCACAACCCAAGUACAAUUCAGAACUGAGACUUGGGAGAGGAUCUUCUUCGUAUCGGAUUGGAGUUGCUUCUUUUUUUCCCCUUUUCUUUUCUGCCUCUGAUUUUUGUCAAAGAUUUGAAACUACGUUGAAUCGUAAUCAUUGUUUUCAAUCAACUUGAGCAAUAUUUAGUUUUUGGGUGAACCGGUCUGAAUUGAUAAGCAAAUGUGAUAACAGUGCAUGAUUGUACGGCAGCUGGUGUUCUUGAUUUAGGAACAAGCUCAUUGUAACAUUGUGUAUGCAUCAUAUGUAACUUUGUGCACAUUUUCUGCUAAAAUCUUUUUGCUUGUAGAUUUUCUCUGGGAAGAACGUGAUAUAGAUUUAUCUGCUUAAACAAAAGCAAAGGAGAAACACAGUUUCUGAGAUAGAAGUCUGGAAUCAAUGAAGUGAAAUCCUUUGAUUCAAAAAAACGGAUCAUGAAGCAAGAAACCCGCAACCUAAUCAACUUGGAGAGAGAAUUUUUUUUAACCAAACACUUCACGAGGUGUAAUCAGUCCGAUUCUGUCCAUAUAUACUAAAUUAAAUCCAGCUGCCAGGACCCCGAGAUGAGUUGUUGCGAUUUGGUAUGGCGGAUGAA